AAAUUUGAGGGUUAAUAAUUGACGAUUUUGUUGCAAGAAGGAAUUACAAAAACAUUUCACAGGCGUUCCCAAAAUAAAUUUUCCUCACUAAUGGUUAAUGAAGAGAUUCGAAUCUGACGAGAAAGAUAUUUUUAUUCGUAAUCCUUUGAAACGUAAACCUUUACUCGGUGAAUUUAUUACGCCUAAAUCGUUGGCAACAAAAGAGGAGGGUGCAAAACAUCAAAAGGGAAAGCAAGAGAAGAAUGACACAACAGUGGAAUCAGAUAAAUUUGAUCCCUUCAAUUUAACCGCAAAGGAUGCUGACGUAGCCGUAAUACGAUUUUUGAAAAAAGUCAAAAAAUUUCAGGACUCUGCAUGGAAAAAAAACCCCAUUAAGGCAAAAUCAAAGCAUCGAUUAGUUUAUGGUUUAAGAGAGGUACGAAAGCAGCUAUUGCUUGAAACAGUACGCUGUGUUAUAUUGGCGCGCGAUAUCGAAACCAAUAAAUGCAUUAAACUUGCUGCUGAAAUCGAUGCAAUUAAGGAAAUGUGUGCAUCCAACCACAUUAAUAUCCUUUGGAUAUCUUCGAAAAAUGACUUAGGUAGAGCUGUAAAUAAAUGGCCAGUCGUCUCUGCCGUGGCACUUCUCGAUUACCGCGGUGCUGAAGAUGAGUAUAGCGCAGCAGUGCAGACACUUGCGGACUUCAUGGCAUGUUGUCGGAUUGCUGAUCAUGCUGAUCAGUCUUCAUUAUUUGCUUAA